AUGAACGAAUCAAUAAGUAGUAAUAGUCGUCUUCGUCCACGGGCACAAUCUCUUUUUGAAAGUCGUUCACGAACUAUCAGUGGAAUAACGGUUGCUUUACUCGAGAAAUUUAUUUCACCUCAAGAUACAACUAAUCCUUCUAAUGAAACUAUUGAUUCAUCUGAUCAAUAUAAUAUGGUUAUUCGAACCGGUAUACGACGCACAAUAUUUUUUAUAUGUCAACCUAUUAUAGCUGGAUUUCUUAUUUUUCCAUUAUUAAUACUUUUUUGGCAAGCUGGAUGGAAUUUUAUGGUUGUAUGGAUUGAUACUCCUAUUGGUGCACAUUGGAUAGUAUUAGUUAUGCUUUAUUUCUUCGCUCAAUUAAUCUUUCUUUUUAUCUAUUUAAAUCAAGAUCAUCUAUAUGAUUAUCUUCAUAAACAGAAAAUCAAAUUAUUCAUUUCUAUUAUUUUACAAUUUCAUACUUUCAUUAUUUCUACAACUUAUAUAAUACAAUGGGUAUCAAUGUGGACAAUAUGGGAUCGUUAUACACCUACUGAUUGGCUACUUAUGCUUAUAGUUAGUAUAGUAGCUUUAUCUGCUGUUAUUGCUUUAAUUGGACAUCCAUGUGACCUUGUCUGUGCUCCAUUUAUACUUAGUUAUGAUUCAAUUGAAUAUAAUAUUCGAAUUGGAUCACUAUUUUUAACAGAAAACAUAAAUGAAUAUCUUGCUCAUUUUCUUAAUUAUAUUUUUUAUGAAUAUAUUAUAUCACUUUUAUCUAUCUUAGCAUGGCGUGGUUCCUAUACAUUACUUGAUGUUUUUCUUUUUCCAAAAAAUCCUUUUAUGUCAGCUAGUUCAAGUCUUUUUAUUGGUUAUCCAUUAUAUUUUUUACUUAUGUACACUCAAUCUUAUACAAGUGAAAUUUGUCAAUUACCAAUAUUUUCCUAUUUCAAUUAUUCAUCUGUAAUAUAUAAUAUUCGUCAUCUAACGGCUUUUUUUACAUGUGUUUUAUUAUGGAGAGGUUUUUGGCUUUUAUUCGAUACAUAUAUUGCUACAAUGACAUUAGCAUUAAAAUCUCCUUAUUUAUUUUAUAUAAUAUGUAUGUUUAUAUCAUUUUUCAUUUUAAGUCUUUUAAAAACUGCAUCGUCUAUCAAUGGUCCUAUGUCACAUAUGAGGGAUCAAUAUGAUCUAUUUCCUGAUUAUCCAAAUAGUUAUUUAGUUCAAUGGUAUAAUCAAAUGAAAACAUCAGAUGAUAUAUCAUCAAUUUCAAGUAAAAAUAUAAAGAAUGAACCAUGUACUGUUGCACUUCUCUAA